UCCUAAAACCUGCGAAAAUUCCCCAAUCUCUCCAAUUUCACACAAACUCCGACGAAAUGGCUGAAGCUACGGUUGUCUCCUUGGAUAUACCGACGGAUCCUCCGCCGGAAUUCGACGAUUUCGUCUCUGGCCUGCAAAUUGCGCCUCUAGCCGACGGUGUGCCUGGGGAAAACGAUAGAGACGACGUUGUCGUGCUCGAGGAUCUCGAUUUCAAUUUCUCCUUCGAUGAUCUCGGCCUUCCCUCUGCCGAAGAUCUCGAUCACCUCCUUAAUCCGGCGCAGAUGCGGCAGUUUCAUUCUCAGUUCGGAGUGGAUCCAGGUUUCGCCCAAUUUGAGUCCAAUUACGAUCAAAUGCAUUAUGUUUUCAAAUCAUCGUCGCCGGAGCUGCGCCACAUUUCUGGAGAUGGGGAUGUAUCUGGCAUUCGGAGCUGCGAUGGAUCGGGGCUUAUGAAUUCCGCUUCUCCAGAUACAGAGUCGCAUCAGAUUUCUGGCUAUCUCAACAUGCCGUCGCCGGAAUCGAACGGAUCGAACCGCGGCGGCGCUGAUAAUUGCGAUGGUGACGGGAAGGAUUUGAAUUGCCCCUCGCCAGACUCGCAGGGCUCCGGGAAUUUUGAGUCACAUGUGUCGGAUGAUUCAAAUAACUGUGUCGUCAGAUCGGUAAGUUCUUCGCCUAAUUCGAGUAAUAGUUCGGUUAGAAAUAGUGUUGUUGAUGAGAAGAUUAAGUUAGAGGACCCGGCUAGUAAGAUUAGCAGCAUUUCUUUGAUGAAAAGGAAAAAAGAAGGUGAGGAUUUGACGCAUAGUGACUCAAGGAUUAAGUGUAGGAAAUCUAACUGUAAUUCAGAGAAUAACAAUAGUAGCAAUAGUAACGAGGGGUUAAGUGAGGAGGAAGAGAGAAGAAAGGCAAGGUUGUUGAGGAAUCGGGAGAGUGCUCAGUUAUCUAGACAGAGGAAGAAACAUUACGUAGAGGAGUUGGAAGACAAAGUGAGGAGCAUGCAUUCAACAAUUCAAGAUCUAAAUUCGAAGAUUUCGUACUUCAUGGCAGAAAAUUCUACUCUGAGGCAACAGAUGGGUGGUGGCAGCGGCACCACCGCCCCCCCUGCCGUUGCUGCGCCUCCUCCUAUGGCAGCUCCUCCUCCUGGGAUGUACACACAUCCAGCCAUGAUGUACCCAUGGAUGCCAUAUGCUCAACCUUAUAUGAUGAAGUCUCAGGGCUCUCAAGUGCCCUUGGUACCGAUCCCUAGGUUGAAACCGCAGCAGCCAGUGCAGGGAUCAAAGACGAGCAAGAGGACGGAAAGCAAGAAGAAUGAUGGGCCUAAGACCAAGAAGGUCGCUGGUGUUAGUUUGCUUGGUUUGCUGUUUUUCAUAAUGUUGUUCGGAGGCUUGGCUCCCAUGAUUAAUGUUCAAUAUGGAGGGGCUAGGGAAGCAUUUGCCGGAGGAGAAAGUUAUAAGGCAGGUGGGUUUAGUGAGAAACAUAGUGGGAGAGUGUUGAUGGUAAAUGGUACUGAGUUUGAUGAGAAAGAUGGUGGUAGAAGAGACAGUAGUAAUAGUAGUGUACAUUAUGGUCAAAGAGGUCAGGGGAGUCCAGGGGAUCCAAGUGCAGAUGAAUCUGUUCGCUUGAGAAAUGGAAGUGAACCUCUUGCAGCGUCGUUGUAUGUCCCCAGGAACGAUAAGCUUGUCAAGAUUGACGGGAACUUAAUCAUCCAUUCUAUUUUGGCAAGUGAAAAAGCUAUGGCAUCUAACCAGCAUGGAGGUGGUGAGACUGGUCUGGCAGUUCCUGGAGAUUUAGCUCCUGCAAUUCCUGGUCAGGAUGUGGGAAGAAAUGGUGCUAGACAUCCCCUUUUAAGAGCUCUUGGUGCAGCCGAUAAGGAUGGUACAAAGUCAACAGCAACUGAUGGCAGGCUUCAACAGUGGUUCCGUGAAGGCCUGGCCGGGCCGAUGUUGAAUGCUGGUAUGUGCACAGAAGUAUUCCAGUUUGAUGUGUCUGCUUCUUCUGCAUCCGGAGCCAUAGUACCGGCCAGUACUUCAAGAAACAUAUCCGAAGCAGAGAGUAUGAAUUCUACGCACCCAAGCAAGGCAAGAAACAGGAGGAUCCUUAAUCCUAUCCCAUUUCGCAACAUCUCUGGACAUCAUACACGAAAAGGAUCAGAAAAAGAGGACUUGAACAUAAAGAAAAACUCAUCUUCAAUGGUGGUCUCAGUGCUCUUUGAUCCGAGAGAGGUAUCCGAUGCUGAGGUGGACGGCAUGAUGGGGACGAAGUCCCUCUCACGAAUCUUUGUUGUUGUACUAAUGGACAGCGUCAGGUACGUCACUUACUCAUGCAUGCUUCCGUUCAAGGCUGCCCCUCAUCUUGUAACUGCGUGAAAAAUACGAGGAUAUCACCAGUUUUGUAGAUACAAGGCGCAACCUUGGUUAGAGAGAAGAUCACUAUAUAACUUUGUUAACUGCUUAUGUAAGUGGAACUUUGGAGAUUGAGAGAUGUUUGGUGAUGUACCAUGGAUCUUAUACUAAUAUACGUGCAAGUUCCUUUUAA